UCCUCGCGCCAAUCGGAAGUAUCGGAGAGUGGGCCUGCUGGUCGGAGGUCGGCUACGGAGCCAUGAAUAUUUUGCCCAAGAAGAGCUGGCACGUCCGGAACAAGGACAAUGUCGCCCGCGUGCGGCGCGACGAGGCCCAGGCCCGGGAGGAGGAGAAGGAGCGUGAGCGGAGGGUGUUGCUCGCUCAGCAAGAGGCCCGAACAGAAUUUCUACGGAAGAAAGCCAGGCGCCAGAACUCACUGCCUGAACUGGAAGCAGCAGAUGCAGGAGUUCCAAGUUCUGGCCCUGUGGACCUGUUUAAGGAGCUGCUGGAAGAAAGGAAAGGAGUGCCCAGAGGCAAUAAAGAGCAUGAGGAAGAGAAGCGACAGGAGAAGGAGAGGCAGGAGAAAGCUCUAGGCAUCCUGACGUACUUGGGCCAGAGUGCAGCAGAGGCCCAAACUCAACCUCCUUGGUACCAGCUCCCCCCAGGGAAAGGGGGCUGCCCUCCAGGCCCAAGCCCAGAUGAGAAGAUCAAGAACCGGUUGGACCCACUGAGGGAGAUGCAGAAGCACCUGGGAAAGAAAAGGCACAGCAGUGAAAGCCAUCUUAGAGAGGAGAGGCCUCAGAAACAACGGCCCAGAGAGCCACCUUCCCUACAACAGCUCCGAGCUGAGCGUCUUCAACGAGAAGCAGCUGAGAGGGCUCGAACAGAGGCCCUACUGGCCCGUGUACAAGGCCGAGCAUCCCAACAAGGUCAGGUGGAAGUGGAAGAGACAGAUGAAAGGAGGCGGCGGUAUAACUCCCAGUUCAACCCUCAGCUGGCCCGGCGCCCCCGCCAGCAGAACCCCACUCCUGCCCACUAACUCUUGGGGAAUAGGAGAGGCUGCAGCUGCCAGCCGUCAUAUAAAACUAUUUAUUCAUAAAUAUUUUCCAAAAUGAAAAUAGGUUUACCAAAAAAUGUCCCUCACUGGGGAGGGGAGGAGGGGGCAACUCUCACUCCCAGGCCCCCAGGGUAGGGCAGAGAGGAAGAGAAAACCUCCCUGCCCUUUCCCUGCUCCUGGGGGGAGGGUGCCCCAUGGCCUUGGGCCUCCCCCAGUCUUCCAGGGCAGGGCCCUCACCUGGGCAGGGGGAUCAGCAUGCGGGGGGGAGGGGUCAGGUAGAGGGGGCCGGUGUCACUGGAGGUCCCGGUCCUCCAGGUAGCGGUAUUCAAAGGUGAAGCCUUCCUUCUUCCGCUGGCCCCACUUCUCGUAGUCAAAGUAGAUGUAGGUGCCCUGGCCGGGGAAGAAGGUGGUCAGUGAGUGGACGAGGAGGGGAGCUGAGAUCUGGGCCAGGCAGAUGACAAAAGAGGCAGUUGUCAGGUACACGGAGGUGUCAGUCUGAUUGCUCUACAUGCUUGCACUGUUACGCUCCACGCCUGGUGAUUGUAGACUAGUGAAGGGGGGACAAAGACGGCAAGCCCCAGGUAGGCCUGCAGGCUUUCUCUACAGUUUUGGAGGACACAGCCAUGAGGUCCACGCUUAUGUUCAGACCCUGAGGAAUGGGGACCAACGGGUGGCCUACAAUGUACAGCAUCCAUAUCCAAGUGCUCUGCAGUGACACACACUUCAUUGUAACUGAGAUUCUAGUGACUCAGUGCCCUGAGAUGUAUUUGAGGACCAAACCAGGGAAGGACAAGAAGUCUGAAAUCGAGGUUGGAGAUGAUACAGUAAAAAGAAAAAAGCUGGGUCAAGUGUCUGAAAUGCUUCAAAAUGGUCUGGAAGAAUGUAGGGAAUGGAGUAGAGUUCUGUAAGAAUGGGGACCAGUGAAGGCCAGCUUGGCAUCCGGAAGUGUAGGUGGGGAAAUGUGUACGGGGAAAGCCACCAUGGAACACACCAACUGAAAGCAAUUAAAAAAAAUUCGUGACGCUCACUGUA